GCCGCUGCAUCCGCCCCUGCUGGGCCAACCGCUGCUGCAUCCGCCACUGCCGUCAUACUCGCCCCUGCUGCACCCGCCGCUGCUGUGCCCGCCGCUUACAAGCCACCUCUGCAGACUGCCGCUGCUGCACCUGCUGCCGCCUCUGCACCCGCUGCCACUGCUGUACCCGCU